AUGUCCAGCAGACCACUCACCAAUUCCAACUACUCCGACAAUGGUGGGGAGCUGGAACAGUAUAUUGUCUCGCUACAGCAAGCUGUUCAUGGUCUGCCAGAAGGAAGUUCCGAACGAUCUCGUCAUCUUUACGAGGUCGCCAACCUCCUCCGUGAGCAUUAUAUCGCUUCAAAUGGAGAAAAAAGUCCUAUAGAGGCUCUUUUUGUUGCUCGAGAAGCGGUAAAAGCCAUUCCCGAUGGCUGUCCGAUGGCUGCAACAUGUUUAAAUAACCUAGGACGCCUGCUCCGUCACAAGUUCGUCUUCGAGAGAGACCCAAGAGACCUUGAUGAGGCUGUUGAGGUUUUCAGGCGGUCUGUUGAUGUAUCGAAAGAAGAUGACUCAUCUUGGCCUCAAUGGUUAACGGAUCUCGGAGAUUGCAUCUACACUCGGUAUAAUGUUAAGGGAUCACUGCCGGAUCUGGAAGAGAGUAUUGAAUUGGCUAGAAGAGCACUUAAAGACAAAAAAGAGGAUGACCCGGAAAUUAUAGACCUUGUGAUCGAUCUUAUGGUCCGGCUUCGAACACAAAGCAAGCGAACAGGCUCUGUCUCUGCUUCAGAAGAGGCUAUUGAUAUCGCCAAAAAGUUGCUCGAAUCGUCCCCAAAGGAGCACUUAUCCCGCAGCACAUUACUGCACCUACUCGCCGGUAGUUUUUCAGAUCGAUAUGUCCUUACCGGUAUAAUAGACGACCUCAAUCAACAGAUCGUGUUUUCUAGACAGGCUAUUGAUGCAACAUCCAUUGAUGAUCCAGAACGGGUGACGCGACUUGCUGGCCUAGCUGUCGGUCUCAGUGAUAGGUACGCGAGAACAGGUGCAUUAGGAGACCUUUCAGAAACUAUCAGAAUAGCGACAAUGGCGUUUGAACAGACCCAAGAGGGUUCUGAUGACUGGGCAACGCAUGCCUGCAAUCUCUCGGGAUACCUCCUGACCUUGUACCAGAGAACUGGAGAACAACUGGAUCUCGACACAGCAAUUGCAUUGGCUAAAGGUUCAGUGGACGCGACACCAACAGGCAAUGCCCUGAGACACAUACGUCUCGGAAACUUGUCAGCAUGUCUGAUUGCUCGUUUCGAUAGCACAGGCGCCUUCGAGGAUCUAGAGGAAUGUGUCAAGAUGGGCAACGAGGCUAAGGAAGCUACCCCCAAAGAACACGUCGAAUGGCCAGCGCGACUGCACGACUUGGGGGCCAUUAUGCAAAGAAGAUACCAGAUGACGCAAGAUCUCGAAGAUCUCGAUGAGGCUAUUGGCUUGACCCAGCAGGCGCUGUUCGCCCUGGGGCCAAGCCACCCACAACAAGCCGAUACCAUGUCUCUUAUCGCAUUGUUCUUUGCAAAGAGAUACGGGGAGACAGAGUCACCUGAAGAUCUUCAGCGAACAGAGUUCUUCUACAGAGCUGCUCUGUUUCAGACACAAUCGCCAGUGGUGACGCGCAUAGAGGCUGGUGUGAAACUAAUCUCAGUAUGCAUGGUCCAGCAAAACAUGGAACAAGCUUACGAGGACGCCAAGUACGUGGUGGAUCUCAUUCCGCAAAUGGCUGUGCGAUCACUCGAGAGUUCCGACAAACAGGAUCUUUUACUUAAAAUAGGUGGGGUAUCAUCUGAGGCGGCUGGUCUAGCACUCCAUCUUGGCGAAGAUCCAUCGGUGGCAUUGAGUCUUUUAGAGAAGGGUCGCGGCAUGUUUGCUUUGUCUUUGGACGAGAUGCGUGCCGAUAUCAAGUCCUUGGAAGAGCAGUGUCCUGAUCUAGCAAGCAAGUUCAUUACUCUGCGUGAACAGCUAUCUUCCCCUUCUACUUCUGGAAGGACAUUGGAUACCGAGGAUCCUGAAUGGAAUGUUGACGAGAGUCGGCGUCACGAGGCAGGCGACGAGUUUGAAAGCUUGCUUGCGGAGAUUCGUCAGCAAUCAGGCUUUGAGACCUUUCUAUUACCCCCCUCGGAAUUCGAGAUCAAAUCAGCAGCAGAAAGUGGUCCUAUCAUCAUAAUCAACACCAGCAUGCUACGUUGCGAUGCGAUUUUGGUUGAGAGUCAUCAGAUCACAUCUGUGCCUCUGGCUGAUUUCAACCGCCGUGAGAUGAUUGAGUAUGUCAAAAACGGCACAUUCAGAAGUGGUGGGGCCCUUGAAUGGCUGUGGGACUGCGUCGCAAGUCCUGUAUUGAACGCGUUGGGAUUUGACAAACCCCCUUCCGGGGGAGAUUGGCCUCAUGUUUGGUGGAUCAUGACAGGACUUCUGAAUAAGUUCCCCAUUCACGCUGCUGGGUAUCACUCAAAAGGCUCCUCCGAAACGGUCAUUGAUAGAGUCAUCUCGUCAUAUCAUAGUUCCAUACGGUCAAUCAUACACGGCAGGAAGAGACCUAUAUCCGCUGAGACCCAGACAAAUGCACUGCUCGUCGCAAUGGAAGCCACCCCUGGCCAUGCCCGUACAGAUUCCGAGGAUCCAAUCGGAAGCUAUCUCUGUUUAGACAAAGAAAGAGAGAAGUGCCUGACCGUGUUGGACCUAUUAGACAUAAACCUACAGAGUCACUCCCCUUUUCUUGCCUAUCUCUCCGCCUGUGGCACUGGCCGCAUCGAUCAUAAUGACCUGGCGGACGAAGGAAUUCACCUCAUAAAUGGGUUUCACACAGCUGGUUUUCGCCAUGUCAUCGGGACUUUAUGGGAGGUCAAAGAUGAGAUCUGUGUAGAUAUGGCUAGGAUUACAUAUGAGGGAAUGAUGCAGAAUGGCAUGACGGAUGAAGCAGUCUCUCGUGGACUCCAUAAAGCUUCCAGAGAGCUUCGGGAUCGCUGGUUGACAAUGUCUGGGACUGAUCACCGGACAAUUGGAAGUUUACAGACUACAAUAUCUAUCCCGUACCAAGUCUCAUGA